AUGUCGUACCAACUCAGGUCAGGUUGCCCGCUCGGAAGCCAUGCUUGGAUUUUAAUAGCCAUGUUCCACCUAGCCAUGGACCUCGCCAGCUGCCAGCCCCCCACCAACGGGGCCGGGGGGAGGCUUUCACCGCGACCGGCGCUCCGGCACAGACUGUCCCGCGGCGCGCUGUGGGGCACGGGGAGCGGGGACGAGCUGCGACGCCCCGGACCCCCUUGGACCUGCACCCCCGCGCCCCCCCAGCAGAGACCCCGCUCCCGCCGAAGACUUCAUGUGUCGUCUGCAGCUCUUAAUGGGGUGGUUCGAUCGCUGGUACACGGCGAGUUUGGCAUCGUGCUUGGAGGCAGGGGGGAGGUGAUGGGGGGGGUCUGUGCGUGGUCGGGGGGGUCUGUGCGUGGUCGGGGGGGCUUCACUCACCACUGCCCCACAUCCCCCGUGGCUCCCGUCCCCACUUUCUCUCAUUUCUUCUCUCCCACAGGUCUGGCAGUCCAUCAGAUAAUCACUAUUACCGUGUCCCUCAUCAUGGUCAUCGCCGCGCUGAUAACAACUCUUGUCUUAAAAAAUUGCUGCGCGCAGAGCGGGCGCCCCCGGCGCAACAGCCACCAGCGCAAGCUGGACCAGCAAGAGGAGAGCUGCCAGAACCUGACCGACUUCGCCCCGGCCCGCGUGCCCAGCGCCCUCGACAUCUUCACCGCCUACAACGAGACGCUGCAGUGCUCCCACGAGUGCGUCCGCACCCCCGUCCCCGUCUACGCCGAGGAGGCGUUGCAUUCGCCCGGGGAUUAUAAAACAACCUUCAACGGAAACAGACCCUCGUCUUCUGACCGGCAUCUUAUUCCUGUGGCCUUUGUGUCUGAGAAAUGGUUUGAAAUCUCCUGCUGACUGGCCGAAGCCUGUUUGACUUCUGGGGGCAGGGCAGACGCCGUCGGGCUGUUUCCUGGAUUCCAUUGGUGAACCUGUAAAAAAAUAUAAAAAAAAAUAAUGGGUUACCUGUACCUACCAUUUCUGUUUACCAGUAGGAGACUCAAAGAGCAGCGUUCUAUGGGCCAAAUAUAUUUUUAUAAAAAUGAACACGCCUAUAGGUAACUGCGUUUUUUCAAAGAGAGCGUUUUUUUUGGGGGGGGGAAGGGGAGAAGAGAAGGACAAAAAUGCGCGAGCGAAGAAUCCCGUGGAGGAAGAGGAGGAACCGGUGAGGGACGAAGGGACGGAGCAGCUGGUUGGAGCCUGGACACGGACUGUGACUCUGAACCUGUGCCAAUAAUACCAUUAUGUGCCAUGUACCGACGCAGAGACGCGGCGAGAAGCCGGAGCUUGUGGCUGCCGCCCGGAUCCGGCCUGGAGGAGGACAACGAGCUGGGUGUCUCUUCUGGUGGGGUCAUUCAUUCCUGUCCAUCCGCAUACAUACAUAUGAUAUGUGUAGAGAGGAAAAAAAAAAAAUUAAUAUAUAUAUAUAUAUACACACACAAACACUUUUUUGUACUGUAGCAAUUUUUGGAAGAUCUUAAAUACUCAUUUUUAAAGACGA